GUCAGCGGAACAGCAGCAGCAGCAAGCAUCAUCGGAGCCGAAUGGAGUAAUCACGAAGAUAUUAUUCCAGACAGCGUCUCUGUUACCAUUUAGAAACACUGUUUACACCGUUCAAACUUCGACACCAUGGCAGACGACCAGUCCUCUCAAUCCUGGUCCAUCGACAGGGAUGACUACGAACUCAAUGAGGUGAUAGGGAGCGGAGCCACUGCAGUUGUCCAGGCAGCAUACUGCAAGCCAAGAAAGGAGAAGGUGGCCAUCAAACGCAUCAACCUGGAAAAGUGUCAAACUAGCAUGGAUGAGCUGCUGAAAGAGAUCCAGGCUAUGAGUCAGUGCCACCACCCGAACAUCGUGUCCUAUUAUACCUCCUUUGUGGUGAAGGAUGAACUGUGGCUGGUCAUGAAGCUGCUCAGUGGUGGCUCAGUGCUGGACAUCAUCAAACAUAUCAUCUCCCGUGGCGAGCACAAGACGGGCGUGUUGGAUGAGGCUAGCAUCGCCACCAUCUUGAAAGAAGUCUUAGAGGGGCUGGAGUACCUUCACAAAAACGGGCAGAUUCAUCGGGAUCUGAAAGCUGGAAAUAUUCUCCUCGGGGACGACGGCUCGGUGCAAAUUGCUGACUUUGGUGUGAGUGCCUUUCUAGCAGCAGGAGGAGACAUGACUAGGAACAAGGUUCGGAAGACGUUUGUGGGGACGCCAUGCUGGAUGGCGCCAGAGGUCAUGGAGCAGGUCCGCGGAUAUGACUUCAAAGCCGACAUCUGGAGUUUCGGGAUAACAGCCAUUGAACUGGCCACUGGGGCUGCACCAUAUCACAAAUACCCACCGAUGAAGGUGCUGAUGCUGACUUUGCAGAAUGACCCUCCCUGUCUGGAGACGGGCAUCACGGACAAGGAGAUGGUGAAGAAGUACGGAAAGUCCUUCAGGAAGAUGCUCUCUCUGUGUUUACAGAAAGAUCCAGAAAAAAGGCCAACUGCUGCCGAGUUGCUGAAGCAUAAAUUCUUCACAAAAGCCAAAAACAACGAGUAUUUGCAGGAGAGGCUUCUACAGAAGGGUCCAACAAUAACGGAGCGAUCCAAAAAGGUACGUCGUGUGCCCGGCUCAAGCGGUCGUCUCCACAAGACAGAGGACGGCGGUUGGGAGUGGAGCGACGAUGAGCUGGACGAGGAGAGUGAGGAGGGCAAAGCUGCAGUCUUAGCUCUGCGGUCCCCCAGAGUGAAGGACGGGUCCCAGAAUAUGGAGCUUUUCCCACCAGCAGAUGGCUCCACACAACAUCUGCAGCCACCUGGUGCUGCACAGGAGAGCCCCGCGAACGUGGGCCAGACAGGAGAGGAAGCUCCACCGCAGGCUCCUGCUCAAACAGCGAGCCCCUUACAUGUACCCACUGCUCAGGAUCCAGCUGCAGCCAAUGCCAGUGUUCCCAUCAGCCUCGUCCUGAGACUGAGGAAUCCCAAGAAGGAACUCAAUGACAUCCGAUUUGAGUUCAUGUCCGGCAGAGAUUCUGCUGACGGAGUUUCUCAGGAGUUGGUCUCAGCAGGUCUGGUCGACGGCAGGGACUUAGUCAUUGUUGCUGCCAAUUUGCAAAAGAUUGUUGAUGAUCCUCAUAAUAACAAAAAUGUGACCUUUAAAUUGGCAUCUGGCGUGGAGGAGUCUGAAAUUCCUGACGAUGUUAAACUCAUCGGAUUUGCGCAGCUCAGCAUCAGCUAAGUCCAGCAGAGCCAUCAGCAGAGGACAGAAACUAAUGGUAUUGCACAGCUGCAUUGUAGUCAAUUCCAAGAAACCACUACUGCCAAAGAGAGGAGGAGGAAGAUGAUGAGGAGAAGGAGGAUGAGGAGGGGACAGGAAACUGGCAGGAGUGUGACACUACUGCAGGAUGCAUGAGGACCACAUUGAGAGGGGGCUCAGUUCAUUACAGGAAUCACACUUGAAACGUUUACAGUGCGCUUAUACAGUAAAUGGGAGAAGUGAUGCAAUCAACUAUAUCAACUCCUAGUUUUUUUUUUUUGUUUUGUUUUUCUUCCUCUUCAUACAUAAGCACAAUCCAAACCAUCUCCUGCCAGUACUGGAAGUGAUUGCCUUUUUUUGUUUUGUUUUGUUUUAAUCAACUGUGCCACAAAACUCACAAGAGUGUCGUGCCACCUUUAUACGGCACUUUAUGCUACACUGAAAUUGAAAAGUGUAAAUUCAGCCUUAGUUAGUCAAACUUUAGAUUUUACCAGAGUGUUUGGUGAACAAAAAAAGAGUCUCUCUCUGUGAUUAUUAGGUGUAUUCUAUAUACGCCUGUCUAAGAAAUCAAUCUCCCGUAACACUGACACAACUUAAAAACACACUGUAGCGUAGUUUUGUAAUUCUGUAAAUUCAGAUGGAUUUUUACUGAGGAGAGAAAUCAAUUACCAGAUUCCUGUCAAAGGCAGCCCAAGGCGUGUGGUGUGGUGGUUUAGUCCAAACAUAACCAAAGAGUUUAGGCUCUGACUGCACUGCUGCAACCAUUCAAACACACAAAUCGACUGUAACUGCUCUGUCCUGGAAUAACCGCAGUUACUUAUCGAUGGCAUUUUUCAAAGGUUUUCAAAGACAGGAUUAUUUUCACAGAUUGAGACCUGCCUAAUAUUCUUCUACUAUGCAAUAGGUGUUUUCUUUUCACAGCGUGUGACCGCUGGUUUCUAAUAAUGUUUCUCUUGGGUUGAAUAGAUUUGUCUUUUUUUGGGCUUGUACAUCGCUGGAAGUUCCUGAAGUCGACCAGCAGCUUUAGGAACCUACAGUGAGAAUUUCUCCUCACAGGCAAAGUGAACAUUUAACACGGCUACAGACAGACACAGGUAAUAAUUGCAUGUUUCUAUGUCACUGUGUAGAAAGGUCGUUCACCACAACUGAUCCAACAGCUGCGAGGUGUGCACGCCCAAAAACUGAGAAUGUACAACCAGAGUGAAAUGAAAGUUUAAAGGGGCAGUUCACCCAAAUUUCUAAAAGGGAAAAAAAAAAAAGAUUUUGUCACUUGCCUUUAGUCGUGUUUGGCAGUUUUGGUCGUAUUUGGUUUUGAGUCCUUUGUCUCUGAGAUUUCUGCCUCCAACUUAAUAACAAUGGAAGUCAAUGGAAUGUUAUUUGUUGCCAUAUUAGCAGCCAGACCAAAAUAAAUUGGAAACUAUUGGAUAGAUUGCCAUUAUAUCAACUGCGCUAUUCAAAGUCCCUGAAGGAUAAAUUCUUCUCAUUUUGGCGAUUUCUUAAAUUUUCACUUUCAGUCUGGCUCAUGAUCCAAUAUCCUCAAAGCUAAUAUUUCCAUCGGCCUCAGCUGUACUUUGCUAGAGCUGCAAUGAUAAGUUGAUUGGCCGAUUGACAAAAUAAAUUGGCAACAAUUUUGAUUAUUGAAUAAUUGAUUUAGUUGGGUUUUUUAAGCAGAAAAGCCAAAAAUGUUCUAGUUUCUUGCAUCUUAUGCUUUUCUUUGUCCUACAUUAUGAUUAAUAGUUUUGAAUCUUUGAACUGUUGGUCGGAUAAAACAAAAUCUCUCUGCAAAAAAUAAGCGGUUUGGUUUCCGUUUGUUGUCACGUUCAAAUGGGCAGGUUAACAGUUCGCUCGGAGGGGCAGACACAUGGGCUGAAAUACUGUCUUGAAACCGACUGGCUAAAGUCCGAUGACAAUGUAGCUUCCUAUAAGUGUUUGUUAGUUACAGAAAUUAACUGAAAUAACCAGUGGAAGAUGAAGUCUUGGCCCGAAUAUCCACUAGUUACUCCGGAUCAGCCUGAAAUACUGGCCCUCGCCUGGGUUACGAGACUGGAUAACAUACAGUUUGAAGACCGAAAUAACACGGGGCAUGUUUCACUACUUUGACAUUUUAUUGAAGAAACGAAUGGGCCGAUUUAUCGAUAACAAAAAUAAUCGUUACUUGCAGCCCUAGUGUGUAAUGCCAAUUAGUUAAUCUCAGCAUCCUAACACACUUAACUUCCAUUUAAUCUGCUAAACAUCUGCAUGUUAGCAUUGCUAUUAACUUGUUAGCAUGCCGACGUUAGCCUUUAGCUCAGUACAGCCUCAUAGAGCUGCUGACCACGAACAACGAAACAAAAUUCCUUUACCUCCAUUGUAUCAAGAGGCAGCAGGAAUCCUAAAACCUGAGUAAAUAACACCAAAAUUAUCUGCAUGUCCUGACACCACCAGUCAGUCCCUCCAGGAUUUCGCAGGCUUUUUGGGGGGAAUUAUUGCAGCCUAAGAUGCCCGACUACAUGGCAGCUUUUCUAAAAGAGCUUUUCGGUGUUUUUUUUGCGAUUAAAUUGCGGGAGUAGAUUGUAAAACUAGUCGUAAAUUUUAGUACAAUUCAUUAAGGCAACUUGCACCAGUGAGAAUAAAACCGCACUGCUCUGAGUUUGUGAUUUAUACUACACAUGUUAUCACUAACCUGCCAAUACAAACUCACCAUGAUUCUUUGAACAUGUACAAUUUAUCUGGAUGCAGCAGCCUUUGUCAUGUUGUUUAGUCCUGUCUGUUGUCGACACAUUUCUAGAAUCAAUUUGUCAAAGGAUGUCGUUUAUGUUCCACCUCAACGUUGCACACGAUGCAAAACAGCUUAAACCUGCUCUCUUGCAGAACGUCAGCCGUGCACAACCUUAAGCAGUAAUGUGAAAAAAGUACAGAUAGUCGAAUACAAUCUUUACUGAUUGCGAUACCUGAACUUUCAUAUUGGCUGAUACCGAAUACUGGGGAUGCACGAUGUUGGAUUUCUUGCGGAUAUCUGAUAUGCCGAUAUGUAACGACUCAUUUGUCCGAUAACUGAUACCGAUGUUGAUAUAUCCACUUUUUUCUCCACCUAAUUUUAGUGAUCAAGUCUCUUCUGCAGUGGAAUAAACAUCAUAUUAUGCAUGCAUACUCUUAUCAUGAUGGCCCACCAGCAGAUGGAGACAUGAAAUGCAGUAGUUUUCAGUGUAUGUAAAAUUAGAAAAAAACAUGUCGGCCAAUUCUGAUAUUUCAUUUUAAAGCCAAAAUUGGCCGAUAAGUUGACGUGCCGAUAUUAUCAUGCAUUCCUACGGAGUACCAAUCCAAUACCGUGGUAUACUGCUGACCCUGUAUGGGUGUGAAAUAACUGCUAUCGUUGUGUUUACUAUCAGGUUAAACCCGAAAACACAAACAAACACAUACAGAGAAUAAAUGCCUGCCACUUUAUUUUAUUAUCUAGUUUGACUGUCAGUCAAAAAAUAAUAAUACAAUCUUAGUUAUAAAUAACAUUUCCUUUAAAUAACUUACAUUGCAGCAACACUUGUAGUGCAGCACCAGCUGAACGUUCAGGGAAUCAAUUCUUCUUCGCUGCUUUAAAAAAAAGUAGUUGCCAGUGGCUGUUCAGCGCAACUUGUUGUGUAGGCUACCGUUUUAGAGCAACAAGGAAGAAUUGAUAUCUGGGUGUGAAACUGCUUCAGAGUUUAUUAAUAAAUUGUGUGAAAUUAUCAAAUCGAAUUAUCGUAUACUUGCAGAUACCUGAUCGGGCUUUGGGAAGUAGGCUUAUCCGAUACUGAUAUUGGAACAACUCCAGAAACAAAAGUGAUUUUGUUGACGUGCGGUGGACUGCUAUGAUUGGCAGAGCUCACAAAGGAAGUUGUGGUGAAUGGAUAAAAUUUCAAGGUCUUGCAGAAUUCACAGAUAUUGGUUGAAUUUGCUUUAAUUGUUGCCCACCACAGCACUUUGGCAACAAUAGGCUUAUCACACAUUGGGUGAAGUGCUCCUUUAAACUUUACCAGAAGCCAGUUAUUAUUACUUAAGUUUUUGUGUCACUAGGCAAGUUGUUUUGACAGUACUGUAGUCUCUUUGCUUUCUAAACACUCACCAACAAAUCACUGUCGUCACUCCCUGUGUAGCUGGUUGUUUUGUACCACGUGCAAAGGGCUGCGAAAAAAAAGCUCCUAGUUCAGGUACUGAUGUAAAUGGUGUAUGUAAAGAUGUUGUAAAUGUACGUAUGAUGGCAACUCCAUGCACUGUCACGCAAACAUCAUGAGGUUUGUAUGUAACAAUGUAGAUGCAUUGACUGUUUUAAGUGUACAUGUCAGAUAAAAGUAACAUUUUACUUGUAAAUAUAGCUUAAGGCGGACUGAGGCUCAUCAUGUUCAGUACACAGAGUUUAAAUUGUUUUGUAGUGUUUUCCACUGUUGGCCUUUGUCGGAGCGUCACUAAUCAUGCACAAAUGAUUUGUCCAAUUGGCACCUUAUUGAUAUGUUAACAUGCGUAUUUUCGGGGUUACAUGGGGCUUGUAGUCACACUCUGUGCUUUGUCAUGAUAUGCAGUUUUCUCACUGAAACCUGUCCGAGGCUAACGGAUAAAAUGUCAUUUCAAUAAGACAAGCGGCACAGGUUACACUUCUCUCUCCCCGUGUGCGUGUGAUUUUGGUGAUAAAAUGAUUGAUCAUCGAAGGCUUUGAGCUGAAAGUCACAUAGAUUUUUUUUUUUUUUUUAAAAUUUCUUUCCCUUUUUAUUGUUUACUCAUCAGAAAAACAUCAUUCUGCCUCCACGGAGACACUGAAUGAUUAGUAUUAAUUUUAGCACUUGAUUGGCAAGUAAAUUUUUCUUUUUUUUUUUUUAUUUUUACACAUCAUUACGUAUAUUUUUAAAAUAUGGUUGAUUAUAAGAUGUGUACAUCAACACGUGCAUAAUUUGAAGUGGAAAUUUUGUGAUGACUUACAAGAGAUUCCUCGACAUGUAUAGAUUAUUGGAAAAUGUCAACACAUGCAAAUGAUUUUUAGUAGCUGAAUAAAGUCACAUGAUGG